GACCAGCAUCCGUCGUCACCACGAAAAAGAUCAGUUUGAAAACCGAUCCACGCCGUCCAAUACGCAAAAGAAAGUGAAACGAAAGCCAAACCGCCCAAGCGGGCAACCAAGCAGGAAAGAGAGAGAGAGAGACCGAACGAACCCCAUGGCCUUCUCCUCGGCCCCUGGGGACGUCCGGCUCCUCUGGCUUCUGUGGAUCCUAGGGUUAGGGUUCGGAUGGGGCUCCUUCUCCUCUCGCUCUCAGGCCCACGCUCUCAAGGUGCCCUUCCGCGUGAAGGACGUCCUCCCCAUCCUUCCGCGCCAGAUCUCCUGGCCUGUCCUGAACAAUCUGCACAGCGCCGUUGAUCUCCUGCCGGCAUUCGUCGGCGCCGUCUUGCCGGAGGGCGGAUCCAUCGGAUGGAAGGGGGCCUGCUUCUUCGAGAACGAGGCUAGAUUUGAAUUCACCAACACCAGCGAUGAGCAUGGUCUUCUCGGCGGACUUCUCCGCCUCAAGACUGAUGCAGCACACAGCUGGACAUGUAUGGAUCUUUAUGUAUUUGCAACACCAUACAGGAUUAUGUGGGAUUACUACUUCACUGCCCGAGAACACACUCUGGAAAUUAAGUCUUGGCAAGAGCCAGCAGAAAUGGAAUAUGUAAAACAACACGGAAUAUCUGUAUUUCUCAUGCCAUCAGGGAUGCUUGGGACAUUCUUAUCUCUGCUUGAUGUCUUGCCUUUGUUUUCAAACUCUGGCUGGGGUCAGAAGGCCAACUUAGCCUUUCUUAAUAAGCACAUGGGGGCCUCAUUUGUGAGACGAUCAGAACCAUGGCGUGCAACCGUUAGAGCAGAAGAUGUUCAUUCUGGUGAUUUUUUAGCAUUGUCGAAGAUCCGUGGUCGUUGGGGUGGAUUUGAGACAUUAGAGAAAUGGGUAACUGGUGCAUUUGCUGGGCACACGGCAGUCUGCUUGAAGGAUGAGAUGGGUAAUCUCUGGGUUGGGGAAUCAGGGCAUGAAAAUGAAAAGGGAGAGGAGAUUAUCGCGGUGGUUCCAUGGGAUGAAUGGUGGGAGAUGGCACUUGAGGAUAACUCUAAUUCUCAUAUAGCUCUUCUGCCUUUGCACCCCGAUCUGCGUGCAAAAUUUAAUGCCACUGCAGCUUGGGCUUAUGCUCGGAGCAUGUCAGGAAAGCCUUAUGGUUAUCAUAACAUGAUAUUUAGCUGGAUUGAUACAAUAACCAACAAUUAUCCACCCCCUCUUGAUGCUAACUUGGUGAUGUCUAUUAUGUCAAUGUGGACAAGACUGCAACCUGCAUAUGCUGCUAAUAUGUGGAAUGAAGCCCUUAACAAGCGGCUUGGGACAGAGGGUUUGGACUUGCAUGACAUUAUUAUUGAGACUGAGAGGCGUGGAAUGACUUUCGAUCAGUUGCUCACCAUUCCCGAGCAAGAUGAGUGGGAGUAUAGUGAUGGCAAAUCAACUACUUGUGUCGCCUUCAUUCUUGAAAUGUACAAAGAGGCUGGUAUAUUUGGCCCUAUUGCCAACUCAAUUCAGGUUACUGAAUUCACUAUUCGGGAUGCAUACAUGCUUAAGAUCUUUGAGAAUAACGGUACACGACUGCCAAGCUGGUGCAAUGCUGAAGAAGAGAAGCUUCCCUUCUGCCAGAUACUUGGAGAGUAUCGAAUGGAAUUGCCAGAAUAUAACACCAUAGAGCCUUAUGCACGUAUGAAUGAGAACUGCCCCUCCUUGCCACCAACCUAUGAGAGACCUGUAAGUUGUUGAUCAGAAGCAUGGCAGAAGGUGCGGUUGAUCAUUGGUCAGCAUGACAGUAUUCUCUAGUCAUUGAUAUGUUCGUCAUUGAGUGUAAAUAAGCGACAGUAUACGUUUGUAUCCUCGUUCUUGUCAUGAAAAAUGCCAUUCCUGGAUAAUUAGUGAUGCAUUUAUACGAAUCUACUUCAAUCAUGUUA